AUGGCUUGGAUUUAUAAUCGCGUCUCAUCAAUGGAAGAAGUUCCAGAUGUGUGCCCCAAUAUAGUGAUUAAAUCAAUGUGGGGUGGACGUUCAUCCAUACAAGUUGAAUAUAUGAUUGUUCCUAUAAAAUAUGUUAUCAUUCAACACACGGUUACUCCUAGCUGUAAUACACUUUCUGAAUGUGCUCGCAUAGUUACUUCCAUUCAAGAUUAUCAUAUGACUCAAUUGGAUUUUCAUGACAUCGGUUUAAACUUUUUAGUUGGUGAUGAUGGAAAUAUAUAUGAAGGUGCAGGAUGGUAUAAAAUUGGAGCUCAUACAUAUGGUUAUAAUUCAAAAUCUAUUGGCUUAGCUUUUAUUGGAACUUUUGGAGACAAACUGCCGUCUGAAAAAGCACUAACUGCCGCACAAAAUUUACUGGACUGCGGCGUUGCACUAGGAGCACUUGAUGAUAGAUAUAAAUUACUAGGACAACGACAAGUUAUAGCAACUGAAAGCCCUGGACUGAGGCUAUAUCAAGAGAUACAAAACUGGCCACAUUGGAAGAGCAAAGCUUGA